AUGUUUAAGACUAAAGUUAGUCAAUACGGAUCAACGGUAUCGCACAUAACGUUAUCAAAUUAUAAAGAAUAUGAAGACCUUUUAGAUCAAUUGAAAAAAGAUUUUGUGAAAGAAUGGCGACAAUCAGCAUCCAUUCAUGAUUCCCUUAAUGUGUCUUCAGAUAAUUUCGAAAGAUUACGCACAUUAGGAGCAGGAACUUUUGGUCGUGUGAUUUUAGUAAAAUAUAAGUAUGACAACAAUUACUAUGCUAUGAAAAUAUUAGAAAAAGCAAAAUUAGUUAAAAUGAAACAAGUUCAACAUACUUUUAGUGAGAAAAGAAUUUUAGAAUGUGUACAUUUUCCAUUCAUAAUUCGACUAGAACUGUUUUAUCAAGAUAAUUGUAAUCUUUAUUUUGUGUUCCCUUUUCUCAUUGGUGGUGAAUUAUUCACACAUCUUAAAAGAUUUGGUAGAUUUGAAGAAAAAUUAGCGAGAUUUUAUGCUGGGCAAAUAACUUUAGCUUUAGAAUAUUUACAUCAUAUGGACUGUAUUCACAGAGACAUAAAGCCAGAAAACAUACUUCUUGAUAGAUCUGGUUAUCUUAAAUUAACUGAUUUUGGAUUCGCCAAGAUAAUUCAAGGGCGUACAUGGACGUUAUGUGGAACACCUGAAUAUCUUGCACCAGAAAUAAUAGCAUGUAAAGGAUAUGGUAUGGCAGCAGAUUGGUGGUCGUUGGGUGUACUGGUGUAUGAAAUGGCGGCAGGCUAUUCGCCUUUUGCUACAAAAUAUCCAACUAAAAUGUAUGAAAAAAUUAUCUCUGGAAGAUAUAAAUUUCCAAACCACUUUUCUCUGGAUUUGAAAGAUUUAAUAAGUCAUCUUUUACAAAAUGAUCUAACACGAAGGUAUGGGAAUUUAAAAAGAGGCGCAACAGAUAUAAAAACUCAUAAAUGGUUUAAAGGUUUCGAUUGGAUGUUACUGUUAAAUCGAAAAAUACUUCCACCAUAUACGCCACAGAUACAAAAUAAUAUUGACGCUAGUAAUUUCGAUCAAUAUGAGGAAAUCGAAAUUAAAACAAUGAAAAAUGAUGAGUUUUACAAUGAAUUCAAGGAUUUUUAA